UGACCAUCCUGUCACAUGUGGUGUCGGAAGUGAGAUAGUGCCCCUGGAGACUCAGAGCAGGACUGCAGUUUAAAAUAAAAGGAUAAUUGGAUCUGCAGGAACCCCAAUGCAUCUCAAAUCCAGUGGGAUGGCAGACUGGAGGACCUCCUCGGUGGCCUAGAGGAUCAAGGUUGGUGCCUUGGGUGCACCAACCUUGGUUUUGGGCACAAGGUGGUAUGCUGUCCCCUCCAAGAGGAAGAGGAGGAGCUGCCUGCCCGAAGGCUGGAUAAUAUCAAACUGCCUGCCCCAAAACAAAAGAUGGCAAGGAGAGGCUGUUCCUGGAGGCGAGUAAAGGUGCCGGUGCCACCUCCAGCGCCAGAGACAGAGGUGCUGUCAUCUCAAGAGUGAAAGGGAGAGGAGCCUCUGCCAUCUCCAAUGCAAAAAAGGGAGGAGCCGUUGUUGUCUCCAGAGUCGAAGGGGGAGGAGCUGUUGCCGUCUUCAGUGCAAAAGGGAGAGGAGCCACUGUUGUCUUCAGAUCCGGAAAGGGAGGAGCUUCCCCCGGCUCUAGAGUCAGCAGGGCAACCGCGGGGCCAGCCUCAGUAGCAGCUACACCUGCUGCUGAGGGGAGCACGGGGAAAGCCAGCCACACGUCCACAUCCAGAGGGCUCAGUGCCCCCGCUGCUGCCAACAUCACUUCCUGGGUGCCCAGCAUCGCAGCUGCCAACGUCGCCACUGCUGGAGUGCCCCAUGCCGCAGGCAGUGUCGUCACUGGGGCCACCUUUUAGAAAUCUGUCCCUGACAGCAAUCACAGGUGUGGCCAUUCCCCAAUUUGGUAAUUGAUGCUAACUGGGGAGUGGCCACAUGUAUAAAAGGAUCCAGAAAUCCUUUGUUUGUUGGGAGGAGAUUGGGGGUGAGUGUUUGUGCUAUGAUUUUUGUAUUGUUUUGAAACUUUAUAGUGAAGGCGAAUGCCCAGCCUGUAUUGUAUAGUUUUGUUUGAACAUUUGUUUUGGCCCUCGUUCCAUGUUUAUUUGUUCCUGUGUUUUGUUUAUUUUUUUGUUUAAUACAGUGUGCAACACCGCUUCACUGCAGCUUCUGACUCUGAGUCUCUAAUUCAACAUCUUGGGCCGUGACGCUAUCCUUUCACUUGUAUAUCUACAGUAUGUACAGAAUAGUAUUGAAUAAGAAAUGACAAUGAACACUUUAAUGAAAAGUGGUAUUUUAGACAUAGAUGUACACAAAUAAGGUGUCAUGAUAAAUUAUAUAAAAAUGACUGAACUUCUUGUCUUUUCAAGAUACAUGUACAAAUGUAUGGGUGACAUACAGACAACUGGAUACAUAAUGUUAAUAACAAAUUUCAUCACAAUUGAGGUUCCAGAUUUAUGGAAAAAUGUGAAGUGUGACAUAUGUAAAUACAAAUGCUUCCGCUACCCUUAUAAAAGUUUACCACUGCAUUUUUUCACUGUAUUUUACCAUACCAUAUGUGGCAGGAUGGCUUGCAGAGGUGAGAUGUGGUGACGUCACGGUCCAGGAAGUACAGAAACCAAAACAAUGGAUGGGCGGGUGAAACUGAACGCAACGGCGUUCAGCUGAUUUAUUAACCAAAUAAACAAAACAAAAGAUUUAAACCAACAACAAAACACAAAACAAAAAGGCGCGAUGGCCAAACAAACAGAAACAAGUAUAUUUUUAAAUAUAGCAAUUGUUUUUCUUUCUUUCGCUCGCUCGCUCUCCCGUGCUCUCCCGUACUCUCCUCUGUACACUCAACAAACCCCGCAGCACGGACAGCUGCAGGUUCUUAUACUCUGGCUGAGGGGUUAACUAGCUGUUAAUUAUUCUAUUGCCCCUCGGCCACAGUCUGCACGCGUUUGGUAAGGAUGCAUGACUGUCAGCUAGUUAAAUAAUCAGUAGCUGAUCAGCCACGCAUCCUUACGGGUUUUAAAUUAUAAAUAAUAAUAAUAAAAGACGCAGCGCUUUUAUCCGUGCCGCAAACAAAUACAAAUAAUAAUAAAUAAAUACAUAGGGGCGGGACACUCCGCCACACAUACUAUGCAUUUACCACAGUUUACCCUGGUUUGCGUUUGUUAAAAUGCUAUUAUUAAUCACUACCUUUGAUUUUAGGAUCUACUCCCCUCAUGCAUGCUGUCUCAGGGCGGCAAGUUGAUACAGUGAAGUUAUUGUUAAAAAUGGGAGCCUCAAUAAACACACAAGAUGCUUGUGGACGGACCUCAUUGUCUCUGGCAACCUACCUGGUUAAUGGCCGUACUGCUGCAGCAGUCUACACUGUGUGAAAUAAACUAUCAGGACAAUGAGGGCAUGACACCAAUUCAUUGGGCUGCUUUUCACAACCGGCCACAGCAUGUGCAGGCAUUACUCCAAAAGGGCGCUGAUCCUACUCUGGUUGACAAAGACUUUAAGACGACGCUCCACUGGGCCGUGCAGAGUGGAAACAGGCUUAUGUGCUCCCUGAUCCUUGCCCAUCACCUUGGCUCCUCUGUAAUAAACUACGAUGAUGAAAAUGGAAAGACCUGUAUGCACAUCGCUGCAGCAGCAGGGUACAGUGACAUUAUCUAUGAGUUGGCAAGAAUUCCAGAAACCAACCUCCAAGCCCUUGACAUCGAUGACAGGACUCCGCUCCACUGGGCUGCUGCAGCAGGGAAGGCUGACUGUGUGCAAGCACUUAUACAGCUGGGGGUGGAACAGAGCCCCAGAGACAUCAAUGAAAACACUCCACUGACAUAUGCAAUGUACUGCGGGCACACAGCAUGCAUAAAAGUGCUCUCCCCGGAAAACAGAUGUGAAUCUUCAAAACAGUUGCCUUUACAGAACAACAACCAAUCUCAGAAAAAAGAGGGGAGGUUUAGUGUGCUAAACCAAAUCUUUUCUUGCAAAAAGAAGAAGGAUGACCUAAGGGUAGGACUGAAAGAGGAAAACAGAGAGAGGUACUUAAGAGAAGAAACCUCCGAAGUAGACGACAUCAUUACAACUUUUGAUUGCAUCAUGGACACCACUGGUAAAGACCCUUCAGAGGGUGGAAUGAACAGCACAGACUAUACUCAGAGGACCAGUGAGACUCACAGAUACCACCACACACAUAAAAAGCAGCCAAAAGAAUACAAGGAACUUCCACCAAUUAGAACGCAGAGCCUUCCACCAAUCACGCUUGGUCAUUCCUUAUUGGCCAAUUCACAGAGUACAGCCUCUGGCAAUUCUGGUGGUCAGAUUUCCUACCAUUUUGCACACAGGUCUCAGAAAAGCAGGAGUGAGCACGACUUGUUUGACAGCAGGACCAAUUGCCAGGGAAUUUUAACACAUUCUUGGAAACCAGAGACCAACCAGAUAUUGUCACAUAAAGCAUGGACUGCUCCGCCAUCUGAAAAACUGUUGGAUGGGUUUCUGCAAGACAGAUACAGUCACUUGGAACUACUAUACCCUGCACAUCUUCCCCACUUACAUACAAAUGUGCAAGGACAAAACACACACCAACUCCAACUGGACAGAUUAAAAGCGAAAGAGACUCGAAACAGCUUAGCUCCCAUACCUGAUCACUGCACACAUAGGUUCACCUUACCGCCUGAUCAAGUAUCUCAAGGCAUGAAGAAAUCAAAAUCUCUGCCUUUGAAUUCACUGUGCACUGGAACAGCUGCUCUGCCCCCUGCGUUUACUUCAAAAUCUCAGAGAGACGGGAUCCCGCAGACCCAGUCACUGUGCUCUUUCCUGCCAGUCAUAUCAGGGGGCUCUCUCAGAACCAUUCGUGUUCUUCCUGCCAUCCCUUCCCUGAAGAAACCCUCCCCACUCGCACCCUCACCACCCACAGCAGAGGACCUUUCAUCCUGCAAGUGACUCAGAUACAGUGGAGCUGGAACCAUUUUAUAGUGGGGGUGCUGAAAGCCAUUGAACAAAACUGUAACCCCUGUAUGUGAUGGAAGCAGGUGCACAGGACUUCAAUCCAGCACCCCUAGUUCCAGCGCCCCUGCUCAGACAGCAGCAUCUUCAUAGCAUAGUCAUAUCUGAAAGUCUUCAAAGUGGAACACUGCAAACAGUCAUCACCCUGGGUACACCCCUUGUAAAAGUGUACCACGGUAUUUUUGCAAUUUGUUUUACCAUGUUUUUGUCCAUGGUUAUACUAUGCAUUUACCAUAGUUUACCAUCGUUUGCAAUAUUUUUUAAUAUGCUUUACCAUACCUUGCUAUUAUUUACAAUGUAUUAUGUACCUAUGCUUUACCAUGCUUUCACUAUGCUUUAUUGCACUUUGCUAUGGUAGAUUUUUAUAAGGGACUGACUGAAGUUAUGCACCUCAUAAAAUUGUAUGUCCCUGAAGUCCAGUCUUGGUAAACAAUUUACAUAAUUACAUAAUGAAGGUAGUACAUUUAGACUAGUUACAAAAUACUAUCCCAACAUGAUUAAUUGUAUCUGCUGAAUGUGAACAUACAUUAAGAGGUUUUCACUGUAUUUCAAUGAAGUGUAAUGAUUUACAAACUACAUGCAACAGUCUCUUGAGACAGGGGUUGUACCGACAGACUUGCAAACAUAAUACCAAUCCACAAAAAGGGAGACAAAACCGAACCAGGCCAAUAAGCCUGACUUCUAGUAUAUGUAAACUUAUGGAAACUAUAAUAAGAUCCAAAAUGGAAAAUUACCUAUAUGAUAACAGUAUCCUGGGAGACAGUCAGCAUGGUUUUAGAAAAGGGAGAUCGUGUCUAACUAACCUGUUUGAUUUUUUUGAGGAUGCAACAUCGACAAUGGAUAAUUGCAAAGCAUAUGACAUGGUUUAUUUAGAUUUCCAGAAAGCUUUUGACAAAGUCCUGCAUAAAAGAUUAAUUCUCAAAUUGAAUGCAUGCACAUGGAUUAGGGAGUGGUUAACAUGUAGAAAACAGAAAGUACUGAUUAGAAACCUCAAAAUGGAGCAAGGUGGAGUACCACAGGGAUCAGUAUUUGGUCCUCUGCUCUUCCUAAUCUACAUUAAUGACUUAGAUUCUGGUAUAGUAAGCAAACUUCUUAAAUUUGCAGAUGACACAAAAAUAGGAGGAGUUGCAAAUACCGUUGCAGCACCAAAGGUCAUUCCAAAUUAUCUAGACAGCAUUCAGAACUGGGCAGACACAUGGCAAAUUACAUUUAAUAGAGAAAAGUGUAAGGUACUGCACGCAGGCAAUAAAAAUGUCCAUUAUAAAUACCAUAUGGGAGAUACUGAAAUUGAAGAAGGAAGCUAUGAAAAAGAUCUAGGACAUCAUCUAGACAACGUGGGGAAGCUAUAAAAAGGCCAAUACAAUGCUUGGAUAUAUAGUGAAAAGUGUUGAAUUAAAAUCAAUGGAUGUUAAAACUUUAUAAUGCAUUAGUAAGACCUCAUCUAGAAUAUUGUGUUCAAUUCUGGUCACCUCGCUACAAAAAGGAUAUUGCUUCUCUAAAAAGAGUGCAAAGAAGAGCAACCAGAAUUAUUCCUGAUUUAAAAAGCAUGUCAUAUGCACACAGGCUAAAAUAAUUGAAUCUAUUCAGUCUUGAACAAAGACGACUACGCGGCAAUCUGAUUCAAGCAUUCAAAAUUCUAAUGUCGACCCAGGGGACUUUUCGACCUGAAAAAAGAAAAAGGACCAGGAAUCACAAAUGGAGAUUAGAUAAAGGGACAUUCAGAACAGAAUAUAGGAGGUACUUUUUUACACAGAAUUGUGGGAGUCUGGAAUCAACUCCACAGUAAUGUUGUUGAAGCUGACACCCUUGGAUCCUUCAAGAAGCUGCUUGAUGAGAUUCUGGGAUCAAUAAGCUACUAACAACCAAACGAGCAAGAUGGGCCGAAUGGCCUCGUUGGUAACCUUUCUUAUGUUCUUAUGUUCCUAUGUAUAAUAGACAAUGUAGGCAAUUUAUAACUUUUCGCCCUUUGUACAGUAUACAAUUUUUUGGUAUAACCAUCUAUAAAUUGCGCAAUUACAUCAUUUUUGAAGUCAAUUAAUCUUUGCUAAGUUUGUUUACUGUAAAAUUGUGACACAGAAUAGUUUUUACACAUUUGUACAUUGCCAGAGACAAGUACUGUUUAUCAAUUAUUUGUUGGAGUGAGAUUAAAUCUGCUCCCAGUUUAUUACACAUCUGUAUUCAUAAUUCAUGCAUACAUUUUAAGUAGAUAUUUUUAUUUACAAUUAAAAAUAUCCAAAGUUUCUGUUCUCUUUAUAUUCAGUAUUAUUGUGGCACAUGCAUCCAGGUAAUGGUUCGAUGUGAGUAGCCUGUUACCCACAAGUGUAAAAUAUAAAGUGUAAAUCAUUUUUAACAUUACAAUAUUACAACACAUGCAAAAUCAAACCAAAAAAGCUUCAAGUUGAGGGGAUAAUAACCAAAGCCUGAAAAUGAACAGCGUUCUCACUUUUCCCUUUGCUAAUGUUUAGACUUUUUAUUUACAUUGAUAGAGUGAAGUUUGUUAUCCAAUUGCUACAUUGAAAUGAACCUCCUGUAAAGCAGGUUUUAGUGCCUUAAUGGUCACUCUGAUUAUAUGUGCGGUUGAUCCUAUAUACCUGCUGCACUGGAAGUGAAUCUGUAGUUGGGUGGCAGAAUCAAUUGGCUCCACACGAGGCAAAGUGAAAAUAAAGUCUACAGCAACAAUGUCAAUGUGCUAAUGAUUAAAAAAAAAAAAUCUAAAAAAAUGAUGCUGAUGCACACACAUACUUUGAAAACCACCGCAAGUACUGCUUUCCAUACAGUAAUUACUGCAUUAAAAACUAAAAAGCUUUAUUGCUGCUGCUUGUUUCUGGAGAAUUGGUGGCCAAAAGGGUUUAUUGAUCUGACUAUAAUGCCACAAUGGGGAAUAACAGCAGACUACUGUGCAGUAUACUGAGUAGCAGUAUCCUAUUGAAGGGAUGUAUUUUGUCUUCCAUUUUGAAUAUGCUUCUUCCUUGUAACUUCUUACAAUCAACAAAGCUAAAUUACAAAAUCUUACCUUUAGUGCAUUGUCAUUCAUUGUGUAGAUCUCAAGGUAUAAGGUUUGACAGCAACACAAAUUAUUAACAAGAGGACAGCUGUUUGAAACAUUUCAAUUACUGCUUCUUCUUGGGAGAUUUUUUACAAUGUGUUCUUCAUGAUGUCAAGUGAAUUAUCACUGUAAUCCAACUGAAGGGGUGAAAGGCCAUAAUGAAUGGCUUCUACUCACGUCAGUCUAGGGGCAGUAGCUUAAUAAACAGGCAAUGUUAUGUCGGAAUUCUCAAAAACAAUUCCAUUCUUGUUGAAACUCAAACACAUUGUUUGUUUAAUUGAAUGACCCCAAAAAGCAACUGAAAGACCUGGAAUAUCUGUCUAUCAAAAUAUUAUGUAUUCAUAUCAUAGAUGUCCUGUUACCGUAUUUGUGUUUGUUAGCCAUACUUAACCCUACUGUACAUGUCAUUACAGUAAAGAUUUAUGUAACCAUUUUCUUAGCUUUUUAUAUUCUUAAUAAAUUGACUUGCAAUGUUAUUGGUAUAUGUAGUAUGUAAUGCAUGUUGUUUUAUACCAUAUACCCCAUUAUUGACUUUAUUAAAAAUAUUAGUGUACUGGAAAAAAGUUAUGGAAAUGCCAGUUAACUAGCACAUGGGACCUUUACUGAUUUUGUAAAUUAGACUGGGUGCUUUAGCUCUUAAAUAUAUUAUAGUAAUUCUUCUUCCAUACUAAUGAAUAUGACUAAUGAAUUGCAAUUUUCCCACUUUCCACAUACAUUAUUAUUAUUAUUAUUAUUAUUAUUAUUAUUAUUAUUAUUAUUGUCAAAUGAUGCCCCACUUUUGGACUUUUUUACAGCUCACUGAAAACAGGUGUUUAUUUAUAGCCCUACUUCGGUUCUGAAAUAUAGUACAAAAUGUUCAUAACAGUGUCAUUAUAUUUUGAAUGAAUUAAUGUUAUGAAUAAAUCCCAGUCAUUUACAUUAAUCAUCAGUUAUCAUCUGUGUUGCUGGAGUUCUAGAAUGGCUUGCAGGACCUCAUUUAUUCAAACACCUCAAGAUGUGUCAUUUAUAUCCUUUAUAUACCUACCUGCCUGAAUGUCAAUGUCAGAAUGUCAAUUUUCGGUCGGCAGUCAGUGAAAUAGAAACAACAGGCACUCAUGUUUGAAAAUGUUGGACCACUGUGUGCUUUAAUUAGGCAUCAAAACAAUUUCUGAAAAGUCUUAUGCAUUUUAUCAUUUGUGGCUAUGUUCCUUUUCUCUUAUUAUUUUACAUGAAUUGCAUGUGUGGCCUAUUAAAGUCAUCAAUUAGAUCAGACAAUCACUAGUUUGACUAGUUUUAUAUUUUCAGUUUUUUAUAUAAAUGUAUCGCAAAGCACUGUACAGUACAUAGCAGGAAAAGAACCAAACCACAAUACAUUUGUAUAGCAUGUCACACAGGGAGAGGGAGACUCAAUACAGACUGCUGGUGACUGGGUGCGGCAGUGACUGGACAGGCAUGGUUCAUAGAGAUAAGUACACUGCAGUAUAUAUUAGUCUCGCUAGUGUACAGAAGUAUAGUGGUGAAAGCGGGACUAUUAAAUGCUUUGCAUGUAUCACUUAAUUGCAACGUUUAUUAUUAUGAUUAAGCACUUAAUUGAAUGAUAAUGCUAGUGUUGUCCUGUGUUUGCUCUGCAGCAUUGCCUGCUAUUGUGUUUUUAUUUGUGUUUUUGAUUCUGUGAUUAACCCUGUAGACAAGAGUGCUGGGUAUUAUUUUUUUAACGACACUUUUUACUGAGUACUGCUUUAAAGUAAUUUUACUACAGGUACAUAAAGGUUUUAAUUUUAUAAAUAAAUACGUGUGUAUUGCUGCUAUUUGGGUUGUGUUUUACAAUUUAGUUUGAGUAAUUAAAAAGGGGUUUUCUUUUGGGUUUUGUAUUUGAUUCACUUGUCUGUUAUUAAAUAAUUCGUAAUUUUAUUCAUUGUGCAGUACACACCUUUUAACUGAGAUAGUACACACUUUUUACAUGUAGAUAAGUGAACACUUUCAUAAAGCUUUCUAUUGUUAUUAUGACUAAUUACGGGUCUACCCAUCUUGUUUGUGUUUUUAUAUUCUUUUCUCUAGUUUCUGGCUAUCUCAAAUACCAGAUAGGGAUAAGAAUCUACUGCCCAUUACCACAUUUCCACUUCUCGCAAGAUUCACUGAGUGCACAGAUAAAUGAACCAAGGCAUAUUGAACUCUUAUGACUUUUACCACCAAUGUCGAGUGGUGAGAGAGAAACAUUAAUCCGGAAACGCCCUUUGUGUGGUAAUUAGAACUGAGGGAUACAGGGUUUGGCCGGGUGAGUGGUGCUAGUGGGGGAAGGGAAAUAAAUUGGCGAAUACUGGAUCCAGUGUUAAUUUCAUGGAUUGUAAUAAAUUGUGGGAAGCGAGU